AUGCCUCAGACGCAGCCUCUCAAGGACAAGCCUCUCCAUUCCCACCCUGAACCGCUCAAAGACCGAUCCAAUGUGAGCAAUGACACCCUCAAGAGCAGCAGAUACGAUGGCUUUGUCAAGGGAUCUCCCCCAAGGAUGCAUCGUGGAGCGAAGAAACCGAACGGCAAUGGUACUGGUGCUGCAGUUUCCACAGAAACCUUGAGAGGGGCAUAUGCUGCGACCCGUCUUACUACUGGUGCUGCUAGCAGUAUCCCUAUUAAGCCGAUUUCUGCGGCCAACCCACUUACUACGAUUUCUGCUACUACUAGUAGUCCUGCAGCUACGACUGCGAAUAGCCCAACUUCUGGUAAUAUCAUUGGAGGACAUAGACGACGCCGUUCCUCGUUCUUUGAAGAAUGGUCUUCUCCUUUGAGUUCUGUUCGGGGCCCAUCUCCCGAGAAGGGUAGACAGAGGAAUGCCUCCUCUACUACUAGCCCUUCUCGCAGUUCCGUGGCUUCUGCUGGGGCUCCUGUUGCAGCAGCUUCCAAGACCAUUCGUGGCCCUAUUUCGAAAGAAUUGAUCACUGGUAUGGCUCCUUUGCCCGCGCCUUCUACGGUUGUUGCGAAGGCUCCUGCUUCUGCUACUUCUGCACCCGGAGCUGCCUCCACUACUCUCAAGACUGUGCCUGCAAAAGCCGCCUCCGUUACUACUAGUACUACUGCUCCCAAUACGGCCCGAGGUGCUGCACCCACCGCGGUCUCUUCAGCAGCUCCUGCUGUCCGCUCUUCUCCGGCUCCCAAGCCUAAUUGCGCUCCUGAUCGAAACAUUACAUCAGCUACUAGUCCUUCUAGGAUCCCGAUGUCGAAAACUGCUCCCGUCCCGACCAAAGCUACUGUUACUGCCCCAGCCAGUGCUCUUGAUCGUAAGGACGGGGAUACCAAAAACUCCUCUCUUCCUCCCAAAGAUAGGAAACCUUCCGUGUCAGGGACUACUCGAGGUCGUACAACCGAACCUACUAAGACACCCUCCCCGCCAGCAUCUACUGCCAACACGCUGACGAAGAAAGAGCUCAGUCCCGAAAGUAACGAAACUCGCUCGAAACCCGGCAUCCCCGAAGGGAGCUACAGAACGCCGAGAGGCUUCAUCAUAAACAAGAUCGAAUUGAACCGUCUAUCUGGUGGAGUGAAGAAUGCGCGCAGAGAUACCAUUUAUUUUCGGGUCAGCUUCCUGGAAGACCCUUGGCAGGGAUUGAAGCCUGUCAAGACUGCCUGCUUGGAGCGUUGGUGGUAA